UGAUGAUAUCAUGUGCUCGUCAACAAGCAUCUAUCAUUCUCAUGCAAAGUGAGUGCAUUCGUGUGUAACACCAAGCAGCCCGAUCAAGCACCGCACAAAUACUCAACUGUGCCAAUUUUGAUCGUUCCCCAGCUCGAGGCAUGACAUUGCGGGUGGGCCUGUGGACGGGGGUUAGUUAUCCGUUGUGUUAAAUAAGGUCUUGCAAGACCUGCUAAAUGAGGAGAUUAUAUUACGCCGCCGUUCCGCCUGCUUGCUUGCAUACAUGUAGACCAUCACUCGAUUGAGGUGCUUCAUUUUUUAUGACUGUCUACGGAAUGACUUUGUUUCUUGGCCUUGACCUCUCAACUCAGAGUUUGAAGGCUGUCGUAACCAAUCAACAGGACAUUGUGGUGUGCGAAAGGACCGUCAAUUUUGACGAGGAUCUUCCCCAGUACGGAACCGUCAAUGGCGCUAUCAGUGGGACAGAAGAGGGCGUCAUCACCUGCCCCGUUGCGCUCUGGAUCGAAGCACUUGAACUUGCAAUGGACAGCCUGAAGGAUGCUGGUGUGCAACUGAACUCGAUCGUAGGUGUUUCAGGUGACGCGCAGCAACAUGGAAGCGUGUACUGGUCGCACACUGCUGCGGGGCGACUCGCCAAUCUCGACCCAUACCUCCCUUUGCGCUUACAACUCAUUCCCGAAGCCUUUUCUCAAACUCGAGCGCCAAUUUGGCAAGAUUCCUCCACUCGUGAGGAGUGCGACAUUAUUGAGGCUGCUGCAGGCGGCCCCCAAAUGCUCUCUGACUUAACGGGAAGUAGAGCAUAUGAACGUUUUACAGGUAGCCAGAUCCUCAAAGUUUGUCGACGUACCCCAAAGAUCUACGAAGCUACAGCGAGGAUAUCUCUUGUCUCAUCCUUCCUUGCAACCCUGUUCCUCUGUCAAUUCUCCCCACUCGAGGUCGCAGACGCAAGUGGAAUGAAUCUGAUGAACGUAACGACCAGAAGAUGGGAAGAGAGUCUUUUGCAGCUAUGCGGUGGACCUUCAUUACGAGAGAAACUCGGCGAGGAACCCCUUUUAGGUGGCACCAUCAUUGGCAAGAUCGGCGUUUGGUGGGUCAAACGAUAUGGGUUUCAUCCAGAUUGUAUAGUUUCCCCUUUCACGGGGGAUAAUCCAGCAACCAUUGUAACACACUCAAGCCCCGGAGACGCCAUACUAUCGUUAGGGACGUCCACUACACUUCUCAUUUCCGUGCCCGCCCCUUCUCAGAACUCGCCGGCCCCCGCGUGUACGACAACAUCUCAUAUACUUGCUCAUCCUACUAUCGGGAUGGGUAGCAUUAUCAUGCUGUGCAUUAAAAACGGUGCUCUCACCCGAGACCUGAUUAUGAAGAAGUACGCUGGAUCGUGGGAAGCUUUCAAUGCACAAAUCCUUUCGCGGCCCACCGGUAACGAAGGUUGCUUGGGCUUCUACUUCACGUUGAAAGAGAUCAUACCGGAUGGUGUGGUCGGGGACCAUUUCUUCGUUAACGGUCAGAAACUGGGUUCAGAUGAAACAUCGAGGUUUCCCGAGACGGCCCAUGCACGAGCUGUCCUAGAAUCACAGCUUCUUUCGAUCAAAAAUCGGAUGGGGGGAAUCCUUCAAGGCGGUAUGUCGUCUUUGGAAAGGUGCAUAUUGACAGGCGGCGCUAGCGUGAAUCCUGUCAUCCGCUCAAUGGCCGCAGACAUACUCGGACUCCCAGUGUAUGUAGCGCCACAUGGAAUUGGGAACUCGGCCGCUGCAGGUGGUGCUAUUCUUGCCAAGUAUGCCUGGUGGAAGGCAAGCAACACCGACGCUGGCAAUUCCAUCACGGGGCUUAGGCCGACAGACACCACUCCAGCAGUCAGGAAGCACACCGGCGACAGGGAGGAAUGGACAUUCGAACAGAUGAGGAACACAACUGGUGGGCUAGCCGUGGAAUGGGUUGCCGAUCCUGACCCAGUGAACGUCGACGUCUACAAUAGGAUGGUGGGGGAGUUUAGACGUUGCGAGGAGUUAAUUGGCAUGAGAUUUUUCUUCCUGAUUUUGGGGUUUUGUUACAAGCUGGACGACAUGUGUUGUAUAUCUCUUCAUAGUGAACAAUAAUGGCACGUACAAUCACAAACAACACAUACAGUAUCCAUACUAAUGGCAAAAAGAG